AUGAUGAAUGAGUCACCGGAAACCGUAGAACUAAAACCGAAUCACGAAACCAACACUAUUGCGGUGGAAGAAAAUGGAAAACGUCCAUUGGAUCAAUCGGAGGAUGCCUGUGAAAGUCAACCUAAAAUGUGUAAACUAGACAAUGAAAGCAAUGCCAACCAGUCUAACACCCUGUCAAAAAGGCAGCUAAAAAAGAUCCAAAAGCAACAGAUGUGGAUAGAGAAAAAAGAAAAACGAAGGGAAACAAAUAAAGAAAGGAAAGUAGAAAUGAAAAAAAGGAAAGCCCAAAUGAGAGAGUCCGGAGUAGAAAUACCAAUUGUAAAGACGAAAAAAAUGGCCGAGAGUACAUGUAAACAACGUAUUGUGUUAGAUAUGUCGUACAAUGACUUGAUGUCUGAUAAGGAUUUAUGCAAGUGUUCAAAUCAAGUAUUGAGGUGUUAUGGUCUGAAUCGUAGAAUGGAUAAUCCUAUGCAAUUAUAUUUUUGCAGUUAUGAAGGAAAAACAAAAGAAAUUAUGGCUAAACACAAUGGCUCUGAGUCUUGGGAUAUAAAAUAUUUAGAAAACUCAUUUGAUAAAGAAUUCAAGAAAGAAGAAAUUGUUUAUUUGACCAGUGACAGUUUGAAUGUCUUAGAAAGUAUAGAUGAAAACAAAGUGUACAUAAUUGGUGGUCUGGUUGAUCAUAAUUCUUGCAAAGGUGCAAGUCUGAGAGUAGCAAAUGAUCUAGGUAUAGCUCAUGCCCGAUUGCCAAUCGAUGAACAUAUCAACAUGCAAACUAGAAAAAUUUUAACUAUAAAUCAUGUUUUUGAAAUAAUUUCAAAAGUGGUGUCUGGAAUGUCUUGGAAAGAAGCAUUAAUUGGUACUUUGCCAAAAAGAAAAAUGUUCUCAGUCAUAGACGAAGAAGACCUUUUGGAAUAUGAAAAUUGUUCUCUAGAAUAUAAACCAAAAGAAGAAAUUGAAUGUCCAGAAGCAGAAAAAAUUGAAAAUGUUUCAGUUGAAAAUGUAAUAGAACAAAAUGUUUCAGUUGAAAAUGUAAAAGAACAAAAUGUUUCAGUUGAAAACUAA